AACUUUGCAUAAUUUAAUUAGCAAAAGCAAAACAGAUCGAUCAUAAGUUCUGUAGCAAAGAAGAUCAGGAUGGAGAUUGAAGUUGAAGUAAUCACCAAAGAGACAAUCAAACCAUCUUCUCCAACCCCUCACCAUCUCCACCACCACCAGCUCUCCUUUCUGGAUCAAUUAGCACCCCAUGCCUAUGUUCCUUUUCUCUACUUCUAUGAAUUCAAUGGCUCCACAAACAUCAAUCAAAUCUCCAACCUCCUCAAGACUUCUCUAUCCAAAGUCUUGACCCAAUAUUACCCUUUUGCUGGGAGAGUCAGAAACAACCUUUUUGUUCACUGCAAAGACCAAGGCAUCCCAUUUUCUGAAGUUAAAGUCAAAACCCAUCUGCUCUCUGAUGUCAUCACCAACCCCUGCCUCUCUGAGCUCCACAAACUGCUGCCAUUCAAGCUGGAUGAAGUCACAGAAACAGCCCUUGGUGUCCAGCUCAAUGUGUUUGAAUGUGGAGGAAUUGCUGUUGGGUUAUGCAUCUCACACAGAAUUGCAGACGGCCUCUCAUGUUUUACAUUUGUGAACAAUUGGGCAGCUGCUUCUAAUUGCGGACCGGGGAACAAAAAUUCUAUUGUGGGUCCAGAUUUUUCUACAGCUUCAAUUUUCCCACCAAGAAAUAUGGAUGGGUAUUUAGGGGUUCCUAUCACCAACAAGCAUGAGAUCAAAACCAAGAUGUUUGUGUUUGAUGCGUCAAAGGUUGAGGCUUUGAGAUCAAGAUAUGAACAGAGCAUCAAGGUCUCAAAAACCCAGAAACGGCCAUCAAAAGUUGAGGCCUUGUCUGCUUUUUUAUGGGACAUCUUUGUUUUGUCAAGGCCUAGGGAAAGACCUCAAACGUUGUACGCAGUUGUUAAUAUCAUGGAUCUUCGUUCCAGGUUCAAGCCACCUCUGCCUCAGCAUACUUUUGGAAAUUAUUACAGGGCUGCCAUGGCAACUCCAACUCUGCCUACCGGUGAGAAGCAUCAUGGAUCGGUGAGGCAGGUGAUGGAGGAAAUUGAGAAGAUUGACAAUAAUUAUAUGAGGAAAUUCCAGGAGGGGUAUCAAGAACAUCUGGAUUUCAUGAAGAAAAGAACGGAGAAGGCUGCAAAAGGAGAGCUGGUCACAUUGACUUUUUCUAGUGUAUGCAAGUUUCCUGUGUACGAUGCAGAUUUUGGUUGGGGAAGGCCUACAUGGGUGAGCAUGACUGCUAUGCGUAUCAGUAAUCAAAUAGUCUUCAUGGACACCAGAAAUGGUGAUGGAAUUGAGUCUUAUUUUAGCUUGAAAGAGGAAGACAUGGCCAAGUUCGAACAUAACAAAGAGUUCACGGCAUUGCUUAGCUCCCCAAUUGGUAAUGUCAAGGAAAAUCCACUUGCACGUCUUUAAAUUGAAUGAGAGUUAGCAUCAUCAUGUGUUUGCUGAAUGAGAGUUU